CACGAUCGUCUCGUCGUCUGCCGCUCGCGCUCUGCAUCACCGCCGACGCGAUUUAAUGUCGCGGCACGAAACAUUUCGGAAUUCACGUGCUGGUCCAGCAAGUCACUCGGACUCAUACCAUAUGACGAAUGCGCUGCUUCGGAUCACUUCUGAAUCCGCGCGCAUUCAAUCAUGAAACCAUUCACUUGCCCAGCCCCAAGAAUUCACUUCUCACGACGCAGACGAGAAGCAUGAGGGAGGAGAGAGUAGUGCGGGACAAUGUCUCGAUAUGGACAGCCCCCCAACUACUACGAUCCCGUCGGAAGUCAGUCACAUCAGCCGACUGGCUACACCUAUCAGCCCGCGAACUCCUCAAGCACCUCUUUUGCCAAUUCCACCGCCUCUGCUGGCUACCAGUAUGGCGGUACCGCCUACAACGACACUCAGCAGUAUGGGCCGAAUACUGGGCAACGCUCGAAUAGCAGUGCGAGUCAUGCCGCUGCAGCUCUGAGCAGUAUGAGCAACCAACCGUACCGCUCAUCUGCGAACAGAUCCGGUGGAAGCAUUCAGGAUAAUCAGGCCCCGGCCUGGCAAAGCUCUGGUUCGAACUCAACUACGUAUGGCAAUACUCAACAGUCCAGCACUUUCGGACGCUCGAAUCUCCCCGACCAGAGCCAGAGCCAGAGGAGUUCAAAUACGUUUGCACGGCCAUCUGCGUAUCAGAGCGCGCAGACAAACCCUCCCUCUCAGUCCUACCCGACGGCUUACGCCCAACAGCAACAGCAGCAGCAAAGUCAGCCUCCACGCUAUAAUAGUUUAAAUCAAGCGAUGCAAGCGCAACGACAGACGACACAGGCAAACUCCAGGAGCUCCAAUACCUUCCAGCCCUCUCCGCAAAUGGCCCCUGCAACGCAGCAGCACGCCGCACCGCGAGAGCAGAGCGCGUCUGUCGACUCCACUCUACCACCACCUACCACUGUCAAUCCGUCGCAAGUCUACGACAAUCGCGCCGAGCUGCAGCGCAAGGCGCAAAUUGAGGCGGAGCAGAGGCGCAGAUAUGAGGCGGAGCAAGCGGAGAAGAAGCGGCAACACGAGGCGGAGCAGGUGGAGCACGCUGCAAAGAAGGCGGAAGAAGAGCGAGUAGAAGCUGAGAGGCGCAAGGCCGAAGAGGAAGCGAGGCGGAUAGAGGAGAAAGAGGCGAAGAAGAAGAAGGCGGCGGCACAAAAGAAGGUUGAACAGCGAAAGAAAGCUCGCGAGGACAAGAGAUUGAGCAGCGGGCCAGCAAAUGCUGCUCCCGCGCAGAGCCCGGCUCCUCCUGAACAAGGAUCUGCUCCUCAGGAAACUGACGAAGAGGCGCAGAUGAGAGCGAUGUUUCAGAAGAUGCGAGAGUUCAAUGCGAAGAAUCCUUCUAUGCUUGCGAGGCUAUGGGAGGAAGAGAGGAGGACCCAUGCGCAGGCACAGUCACAGUCACCGCAGCCUGCGAGCGUUUCGCCUGCUCUGCAGAAAGUCACCGCGCCGGCGGCAGCACCGGCCAGCAGAGGAUCGGCACCGCCGCCAGCUUCAUCCAAUCCACCAGCGAUUGUGCCGCAGGCUGUAGCGGCUGUGACUCCUCAGCAGCCACAGGUUCAGCCACCCACGAUCGUCAACACCGCUCCCGUUGUGCCCCCUGCGAACCCCCAGACAGCCACCACUCUCUGGCUGCCGCAUAAAAAGGGCGCUAUAGCGAAUGCGGCCGCAUCGUGGCUCCGCACGCAGCCUCAGAAUGCGAACAGCACAAUUACGACUGACUCGGUGCAGCAACUGCUGGACAGAAACCCAUCCUACGUCCAGCUUUGUGAAGCACUCGAGGCGAUGGGGUUGAGAUUCGAGCGGACUGCCUUGGCGAGGGAGUUGCUGAAGGCUGUACCGGAAGGAGGCAGCAAAACACAACCAACGGCGAGGACUGCUGCAACACCGGUUGGCGCGAGUUCUAGCGCCAUGUCUCCACCGGUUCAGCAUGGUGGGGUGCACACCGUGGCUUACACCACUCCGCUGUCUUUGGCAGAGGCUGCCAAAGCAGGUAUGGACUCGCCUGCAUUCUCGCCUGCCCGUAGUCAUCGAGCUGCAUCGCAAUCUCAGCCACCGGAGGUCAAACCCGAAUUCAAGCCCGCGGAACCUCCACGACCCCCUGCGAACAAGGAGGAGGCGGCAAGGAAGCGUACCUUUGGGGACCUGGUGGACUUGACUGCCGAGGAAUCGGACGACGAGCCGCCCGCAAAGAAACUGUCUUUGGCGAAUGGCAAUCACAAUGGCAUUGUCGCGCAACACCGUCCAAGUGGUUCUUACAGCGGACCAUUGGUUCUCUCGCCUGGUGGUACGACCCUCGUCUUUCAGGGUCCCAAUGCUCUGUCACAACCCAUUCUGCCCUCGAACACGACUCCACCUCCACCGCCACAGCCUGUUCAGCCUGUCAAGCCAAAAGGCCCCACACUCGAACAACAGCAGCUUUCGCGGCUCAGGGGCAAGAUGCUCGUCGAGCCGAUUAUGCGCGACCGCGUGGCGCGCAAGUCCCGCUAUGAUUCCCGGACGAUUGCGCGUGAUGUGCUGUUAGCUACCGGCCGACACCCGGAUAUGCGCGGUCUGAAUGCGCAUCUGGCUACGAUGCAGAAGUUGUUGGGUCAGCAUGGUGGGGAUAUGCAUGGAGGUGAUGGGUUGGGAGGGGGCUUGGGGAAUCGGAGUGAUUUGGCUACGAUCAAGUGGGAUGUGAUUGAUCCUGAGGUGGAAGAAGAGCAAGAGGAUGCGACACACCGCGAUGCAUCCCCCGAAGAGAUGUCGCGGAAACAUCGCCCCGCGAAACCACAUCCAGGCUCGAACAACCCUCUCGUGUACGACCUCGGCACUGACCCCACGCUGACUCAUCCACGGCUUGGCGCGACCGACUCAUCGUCAACUUCCAACCACGCGCCUCGACCUUCCAAAUCCCACCACACUUCCCGCUCAGCAUCUGCGACUUCCACCCCGGCGGCCACGAAUGGCGAAAUGCCUCCCGUCGGCUACUCUGCCUUCCGGCGAUUCGCCGAAGACGGCACCGAGUUCAAGAAGAAAGGCCGUCCCUUCGGGUGGAAGAAGAGCAUCCAUUCGCGUGAAGCGCAGGGCCUACCGCCGAAAGGCGUGGCGUCCUUGCCUAGUCGUAAGAAGACUGCAACUUCUACACCCACAACUGGAUCAGCGAAGAAAGAGGACGUCGUGCUGCAGCCUGUGUACCAGGUGUACAAGUGCCGCUGGAACAAGUGCAAGACGGAACUGCAUAAUCUCGAGACGUUAAAGAAGCAUAUCAUCAAGGUGCAUGGCCUUGCGAGAGAAGGCGACGAGCGCUUCGAGUGCUGGUGGAAAGGAUGUGGGGCGGAAAAGCGAGCGGAAGGGAGAGUGCUGUCCUUUGACGGCAUUGAAGACUGGCUCGCUCAUGUGGACGAGGAGCAUCUCGCGGCCGUGAGGUGGAAGUUGGGCGACGGGCCCAAGGCAGAUCUGUCUACUACCCGCUACUCCACCCCAAGCGACGCGCAGUCCAUCCCUUCCUAUCUCCUCGACAGAGAUGGCCGGAGCGUCACGCCCAUCAUCUCGCCCAGCACUACACCAGGGCCAGGCAGUCGCGCGACAAGAGACAUGCUCGAAGCACCACUUAAACAACUGGAAGAGCAGAAGAGAGUCGUAGGCGUGGUGCUGGAUCGCAUGGGCUGUGUACUCGCGGAUGAAGGAAGGCGGAAGGGGUUUCUGGAUGACGAGGACUUCGAGGAUGUGAUUGAGGAUGAGGAUCAGUGAGGACGGGAACGGCAUGAUACCCAGGGCAUGAUAUGACGAUACGGUUGAGAUAUGGUUGCAUGAGCGGGCGU